UGCUACUUAUAUGGCUCGUUCAUACACUGCUUCCGGCUAUUACUUUAGGUUUUCAGUCGUUUCUGUUUACCUGUGUCCUUUGUCUCCACCGUUUACUUUCUAAUACGGCUCUUAGGGCCCCACCAGCUGGCUAACCGGGUACCGGGGGCCCCGGACGGUGGCCCCUGCCCCUGGAAGACCAACCGCAUAAGUUUUGCGACAAUGAUGGAAUAACCUAGGGGCUUUCCGAGCGCGGGCCGCCGCGCAUCACACAUAGAGGCCAGCAGCUUUACUAGCGGUCGAAGGUUGGGCUAUGUCGCUGCAGCCCAACGGGUUUGGCAGCUCGGCCCCGGAAAUCCAGGCGCUUGACGGGGUGGUCCAGCCCGUUUGGUUGUACAGCUGCGCGAGCCAAAAGCUGAUCUGGGCGAACAGGGCAGCUCUCCGAUAUUUCAACAGGACCCUAGACGCCUUCACCUCUUACAAGUUUGCACGGCUAUCACCGGAGGAACACUCUAGCUUUUCGGUGCUUAACACGCUACUCCGCGACGAGGUCGAGAAUGGAGGCCUUGACCAGGUCAUCUCUGGUUUUGGGCAUUCGGUUCUGCCGGGUGUUAUCCCGCACGACGACCUGUCCAACAGCGAAUACUUGUUCAAGCAAUUCUACCUCGUACGACCUAUCGCCAACUGCACACGGGUUACUCAGAUACAGCUUAUAAGCGGGUCGAACUUGAGCCUGCCAUCCGCGAACACAACUAUCGUCAAGACGGUGAGAAGAGAGCGGAAUCGGCAGAGCAGCGCCGACGGCCGCAUGAUUAAUGGCACCAAGGCAGUGACGUCGACGGUGUCGAGCCUCAUCGACAUGUGCGACCGGAUUCUCAAGGGUCAGGAGGUUGACUUAAACAGCGUGGAGGCGGUGCAGCAGGCGGUUCUGCGCGGCGAUAUCAUUACCCAGCCGACGCGGAUCGAGGAGGAGCUGGUGUCUAAGGAGGAGCUGGACCAGGAUGUGGGUCUGAACCUGCUGCAGCUGCUGGGCGGGAAGAAGCUGGGCGAGCGCUUUGCGCCUGCACCUGAGAGCUACGAUGGCGAGCACAUGGGGCUGGCCCCGCCGCGCAUGCAGGUCAUCACGGGACCGGUGCCAGGCGGCUCUCGUAGCGGCGGCGCCGCUGCCGCCGCCGCCGCUGCAUCGUCUGUAAAGGAGGAGGCGGAGGCGACAGGCGAGGAGGAGAAGGACGUGGUUGCGGCCAGCCUGAUGCCCGCCAUGGAAGCAGUGCUGGCGACGGUGGAUGAGUGGCGCUUCAAUGCCUUCAAGCUGGCAGAAGUCACGCAGGGGCACCCGCUUUCGGCGCUGGGCUUUUGGCUGAUGAAGCGCUACGACCUGAUCAGCAUUUUCCAGCUAGACGCGACCAAACUCGCGCGCUUCUUACGGAAGAUUGAGGACGGCUACCCAGACAACCCAUACCACAACAAAACGCAUGCGGCGGAUGUGUUGCAGGGGAUGCACUGCCUGCUCACGCGGGGCGGCCUGCACCGGCGGUUAGGCGAGGACGUGGCCAUCUUUGCGAGCUACUUGGCCGCGAUCACGCACGACUACGAGCACAAGGGGCUUAACAACGACUUCCUGGUGCGGGUGGGGGACGACCUGGCCUUCACCUACAACGACAUUUCGCCCAUGGAGAACCACCACAUCGCAGCCGCAUUCAAACUCAUGCGCCAGAAGGAGUAUAACUUCAUCAAAAAGAUCCCGCGCGAAAAGUGGGUUCGGCUGCGGCGGUUGCUGAUAGACAUGGUUCUUGCGACGGACAUGAAGCAGCACUUCAACAUCCUCUCCAAGUUCCAGUCCAAGCUGCAGGUGAAGCUCCGCAGCACCAACUUUGCGGCGCCCAACCUGGCGCACCUGGAGGCGCCCUCGUACGAUGACCCGCUGCCCAUUUCAGAGGACGAUGCGGACAAGUCGCUGGUGCUGCAGGUGGGGCUCAAAUGCGCGGACGUGGGCCACCUAGCGGCUCCCUGGGAGGUGCACCACCGGUGGGUGAGCGGGCUGGAGGAGGAGUUCUUCCGGCAGGGCGACAAGGAGAAGACCAUGCACAUGAUGGUGUCGCCGCUCAUGGACCGCUGCAAGGACGGCAUCACCAAGUCGCAGGUGGGUUUCUUCGACAUUGUGGCGCUGCCGCUGUUCUACAGCUGGGCCUCCGUCUUCCACGAGGCGCUCCCGCUGGUGCGCGCGGUGGAGGACAACUGCAACCGCUGGCGCUCGCUGGAGCAGGGGCGCAACGCCUCGGGGUCCAAGUGAGGGCGGGAGAGCAGACCUCGUAAGGGCGCAGUCGCCACGACGACGCGGUUGCGGUGGGGUUGGAGGGGAGCACGUAGCAGCAGUACCGAUAGCAGCGGCGGAGGCAGCAGCAGCAGCGGAGGCAGCAGCAGCGGAGGCAGCAGCAGCAGUCCGCCGCGACGUGUGGCUGGCUGGCCGGCCUUGUAGCAGCAGCGACUGGGGUGUCUUAGCUCACACGUAGCGGCGUAGCGGCCACGGCGGCUGAGCUCGCGCGCCCUUCAUUCCUCCCGCAGCAGCAGCAGCAGAGUAGGACCACAGCUCCAGCGGCUACACGGUGCCGCUGGCACACGGGUUUCGAACGGAAAUACAUGCUGGAGCUGCGGGCGUCCCUAGCAGCUAGCAGCACGAGUUCCAGCGGUCCUGAGCUUUACUACUGCCGUCGUUGGGUGUGCCUGGCGGCCGUUGCAGGGCGCAGCUUGAGGCGGUGGCGACAGCGAAUGUGCACAGGCGCACACUCGAGCUGCGUUGUGUCCAGCCGCAGCUUUUGCAGCGUGAAACGGAUGUGGCAGUGUUGCAGCAAGGGAGCGAGGAGCCAGCGGAGCGGCGGGCUGGGUUAGCCUGCUACGCUCGAGGCCAAGGGCGAUAGAGCCAUUCCUCGUGCGCGAUCUGGGUCGAUGUGGGUCGGGG